UGUUCAAGUAGUAGCAUAUCGGCCCGAUACCAAGUACCAUUGAUAGUAUCCGUGCACUUCUAAUUUCCUUGUGUGUUUUUGUUAUUCUUUUGAAAUGAUGCUCGCUCCCCCCUGCCCCCCAAAAUGAACAUAUGAUCAGGGGGGUAUUCACUAGGAACCAAACAAAACCAACCGGAAGCAAACAGUUUUCAGUGCAAAAACGUUUUGCCACCGUUUGCUAUGGUGUGGAGUAAUGGCUACACCACAGGUGAACAUAUACAUUUAUUUGCUGUCACUGCUUAGGACAGACAGGCUCCAAUGUCGUCUCGACAAAACUGUUUGACGCUGAAAUUUGACAGGUGUCUCGCUUUUAUAGAACACCAUUUGCCUUUUGCGAAGUUGUUCAUAUUAACAAACAUUUAUUGCUAAGAGCUAAUUAAUAUUUUUAAGGUACAUUGUUAUCAAAAAAUGUUUUUUUUAUUCUUUGUCUCAAAGACAUGUUGAACAUGUUAACUUGCUAAAUGCAGUUUUUCGGUUGAGAUGCUAUUUAAUAUGUUUUUGUACUGUCUCAGGCCCAUGGUUAAGUUUCCACACCUCAAUUGUACCUAAGGGAUAUCCAAGACAUGUUUUUCUGUGCUAACUUUUCCAUCUCUCUUAUAAGGGAUCAUUGUGAUGUUGACUAAAUGUUCUAUAAAGGAGCCAGGAUGAGAUUCAUAGCCGACGUAUACAGAACACUAAAAUGAUGCUGCUUGUCAUAGUUUUCUCCCUCUCAGGUGUUUGUCUAUUCAACAUUUUGUUCCAUAGGUCAAGGCCACUGGUGGCUUGAUAACAAAGAAGCAAUAAAGGUUAUAUUGGGUGGACAUAAUGCAAAAAGCAGUUGAAUUAUUUGGUCUUUCAUUGAAUUCUGUGUACAAAUUAAUGUAUGCAUUAUAUUAUUUUAUAUCUACAUUGAAAGCAAAUAAGUUAUGUUAUGCUUGUAGGUAUUACAUGGUAAUGCAUAGGUAAUAUGGGGUAAUUUGUUUUACAUACAAAUCAUUUCGAACAUUGUUAUUUGUCCUUUUGAAAAGAGGGUGAUUUGUAAACAAGCUCGCUCAGUUAUUAAUGCUAACUAGUUUUACAUACAAAUAAUUUCGAACAUUGUUGUAAAUAAGAAAAUGCUUUGAAAGUUCUAUAAACGUUGUGUACCAUUCUGGAAUUCUGAAGGAAUUUCACUUCGCCUUGCCUUUAAUGAGGAAUUUCAAAAACCUCCCCUUUUAAGAAUGUGCACAUGCGCAGAGUGGGGAAACAGUUAACUUCUGAACUUCACAGGCAGAACAUUUUUGGGGAAAAGUAAUUCUGCUGAAAUGGCAUUCCGGAGGAGAAACAAGAGUUAUCCCUUCUUCAGCCAGGAAUUCUUAAUACAAAAUCAUGCCGAUAUCAUCUUUAGUUUGGUCAUUUUUAUUCUCAUUGGAUUGAUGUUUGAGGCAACAGCAAAGACUGCCAUAUUGUUUAUUCAACCUCAGUACAACAUCAGCACACCGUCACCAGAGGGAGAGGUGACAUUGUACCAGUACGGCUGGCAAGACUGCACCACCAUCCUCUUCUAUUUCUUCAUCACCAUCAUCCUCCACGCCGUGGUGCAGGAGUACGUCCUGGAUAAAGUGAAUAGGCGCCUCCAUCUCUCAAAAAGCAAGAACACCAAGUUCAGUGAGUCAGGCCAGCUGUGUGUGUUUCACCUGGUGUCCAGCGUGUGGAGUUUCUACAUACUUAUAACAGAAGGAUACGUGUUUCACCCAAGCACCCUUUGGGAGAACUACCCACAUGUCCACCUCCGGUUUCAGGUGAAGUUCUUUUACCUCACUCAGCUGGCCUACUGGCUUCACGCCCUACCUGAGCUCUACUUCCAGAAAGUACGCAAGGAGGAGAUCCCUCGCCAGCUGCAGUACAUCUGUCUCUACCUGCUGCACAUCUCUGCAGCAUACCUGCUCAAUUUGAGUCCUGUGGGCCUGGUACUCCUCUGUCUGCAGUACCUGUCUGAGCUGGGCUUCCACAUCGCCAGAAUAUUCUACUUCACUGAUGAGAGCCACCAAAAGAUGUUUGACCUGUGGGCCGUGAACUUUGUGUUCACGCGGAUGGUGACCCUCACACUUGUGUUCCUGGCUGUGGGUUUUGGGUUGGCCCGUGCUGAAAACCAGGGGCUGGACUGGGACAUGGGAAACUUCAACACUGUGCUAAUACGGAUGCCUGUGUUGUUGCUGGUGAGUCUGACCCAGUCGUGGCUCCUGUGGAAGUUUAUCCGUUUCCAGCUGAAGCGGUGGCGAGAGUUCAGACAUGAACAGGUCGCUAGGAAGAGGGUUGCCGCCAAGCAAACCCCCCGACCGCUGAAGAGAGACUCCAUUGGCCACCAUGAAAACGGCGCAAUCAAAGCUGAGAACGGAGCCUCUCCUCGACCCAAGAAGAUCAAGGCCCCCUAAUGGUUCCACCCAUCAUGGCUGCCUGAACAGUGACCCUGACUAUAUGGCUUAUCAAUCAGAGGAACAAGAAACUGGUCCCACACCAUUCAUCCUCUUCCUGUUUUGCGUAUUUUCUGGAGGUGAACAUAGGUGAUGUGGGGGCUGCGUAUGUCGCCAUGGCCACAACAAGGCUUAAAAAAUGCAAUUCCAAAACCAAACCCCCCUCGAGCCCUGAACAGACAUUUACUAUCAUAUCAGUAUUUUUUUAUACAACUGUCUGCUAUGGACACUCGGGUUCUGAUCUCCAUGUAUACUGAACGAUGUAUGUUAUUUGUGGCACACUGUAUACGUAAUAUUGAAUGUGUUGGUGCCUGUUCCUUGUGCGUUAAGAACUGUACUGGUCUGGGGUUUGUCCAGAUGCAGCUGUUUUUCAGCUCUGCUGUUGAAUGAGUCGCCUUCGCUUUUUGCAUGAGUCGUAUUCAUUAGGCGCCAAACAGAAGAAAACUGACUGAAACGUGGACGGACUGGACUUGACCAAGAAGAAACACUCAUUUUCAGUUUCCUCUGCAAAAUGUUUUGUGCCCUAAUAAACACGACCCUGGUUACUUGGUGCAGGAAGAAUGUUGCUGGUUCUACGGUGGUCCUAAAGGGAUAUCAGAGCGUGCUGGCUUUGCUACCCAAUCAGUGAUGGGCGGGACCAAGGUGAGAUUGGACCAAUUAUGGGGCUCUGGUUACUCCUUGGCCCCUCCCUCUGGGCCAUGGUCAGUGUGGCUCGGACCGUGCUGUGGCCACUUUACACAAACAUCCUGAUGACCACCAUGUAUGUGGGAUAAUACUGCAUGCUAUUCCAUUGUUUUUAGUUUUCUAUUUUUACUUAAAUAAUACAUGGUUCUCAAAUGCU